CCAGCCCAGCAGCCCCAUCCACGUACGGGACACCACCGCCCAGUUAAUCGGCGAGAUCCCCGACCUCGGCUACUCCUCCCCUGAGCUGGGAGGCGCAGCGCUGGGAAUUCAGCUGACUUGUGACAUCAAACCAGGACAUAACGAGGUGCCGUCGGAAGAUGCCCUGAUCUUGCAACUCCAGUUGUCGAAGGGGCAAGAGAAAUUUGUGGAAAUGCUGAAGAGUCAGCAGAAAACUAUCUCUGAUUUGCAGCAGACGCUCACAGAGCAACACGCCACCUUGCUUCACCAGCAAAUAGAAAUUGUGGGACAGCAGAGGAAGAUGUUUGAACAGCUGGAGCUGGUGAAAGUCCAGUAUACCAUGCUCUUUGAUUCCAUUAAGCAGACCUCAUUCCUGAAUCUGCAGGCUGAGAUUCAGAGCCAGUUUGAGUCUCAUUUUCAUGGUUUGCAGAGUCGGAUUCAAAGUCAACUCCAAAAGACAUACGCAGUGCAUAAAGUGGACGUGGAUGCCGAGGUUAUUGAUGUGGGUGACCACCUCCUGGAGUGUGGCUUUUGCCCAGCUGCUGAAUAUUGUGAUUUCCAGAAAGUGCCGCCGCAGUGCCAGAGAUGUACCAUGUGCCCUGCAGGCUUUUUCCAGGUUACUGAGUGCUCUGCCGCUGCUGACCGGAUAUGCCAGGACAAAGAUGAGUGCAUGGAGGAGUCAAUGGAUUUUUGUGGCGAUCGAUUAAAGUGCCUUAAUACUCCAGGUGGAUUCCGAUGCCUGGGCUUUGCAGAAAGUGAUCUUCCCUUGGGGCUUUGUGGGUACGACUACUUCUUCAACAGUGAGAUGCAGGAAUGCCAGGCCUGCUUGCGAUGUGACAAAGGCACGGUGGUUCACCACUGCUCCCAAUACAGUGACACCCUUUGCAUCCUGUCGCCCGGAAGCCGCCUGUCGGAAUCCUGGUCGACGAACACCGCGGUUGUGUCGCUGGAUCUCGGGCAGACCCCUGCUCAUCCCGGCUUGAACCUGCCCUUGCAGGGGAAUCCCUCGUCCGACCUGGUGAAAAAUGAAGGUGGCAAAUUGGUCUUCAGGCAGCAUGGCCUGAUCUGGGCCGAUUACAACCUGGCCAUCAGGCACAACUGCAGGAAUUUCCUCCAGUUUUCACUGAGGCUGAACAUGGAGGCGGAGGCAGAGAGGGAGGAGGAGAAGGAGGAAGAUGGGCACGUUGUCAGUGGUGUCCGCAUCGAGCAGCCCGAGGGAAAGUACUACCAGAGCGCCAGUGUGAGUGGCUCAGCUGAGGUGGAGCCUGGCCACAUGCUCCACCUCUUCGUGGAAAGCCCCAAUCAGUUCUGCAACCAGAGCAACGAUUUCAACUUCUACCAACUCCACAACCCGUUCAGCUUCUUCUGGCUCUCCCACGAUACAGGAGCAGUGGCUAUGAGUGCCCUCAUGACGAGCUCCGUUCACUACCAGACCAGCUAUCGGCCUGUCUUCAAGGUCGUGUCCAUCUCCGACCCCUACAUGAUCACCUUGUCCUAUGACAGUAGGGCAGUAAGAUUCACAGAGGAAGGGGUGGUGAAGUUUGUAUAUCACCAGGCGCUCUACGCCAUGGGCCACACGUGCAUCCGCGAAGGCUUCACCUUGAUUUCCUACAUUACCAGGAAUGGAAGCGCUGACGAGCUGAUGCAGGUUUAUAAAUCCGGGGUCAACUAUCGGGACACCUCGAUAUCUGCCUCUGGAGCCUCCAUUGUGUACGCUGGAGACACGGUCAGCUUCCAGAUCCACACCCCCGCGCAGUGCAGCGUGCGUUACUUUGGAGAGACGGCUGGGAUCAGCGUGUUCAGCCUUGUGUGGAUUCCACCGGCCAUAUCCUCGGCUCUCAGGCUGGCGGUGUCGGGCUCCGCUUUACCAACAGGUGCUGUGAGGAACAGGUUCCUCAGUUUCCAGGAGGUUUUGCCUGUGGCAGAACAGAGGCCGGUUGUGCUGGUGACAACGGGGCAGUUCGCACACAAGCGCAUCCUGUUCCGCGACGGCGGGGUGGCCAGCCUUGCGUUCAACAUCAAACUGAUUCACUCGUGUGAUAUCGUCAAAGUGUCCCUGAACCUGGUGCCGGAUGAUCGCGGUCAGCCAUCUGUUGUGGCACACCAGAUUGGAGGUCGGAUGCCUUUAGGUAGUCAAUGGGCAAGUGUCAGUCUGCGGGCUUCAUUUACCAUCCAGAACGGCACAAUGGCCGCCAUCUCCCUGGACUGUGUUCGAGGGCGGAUUAAUCAGAUUUCGCACAAAUACGGGACAAACCUCUCCAUUCUGUGGGUUUCAUCAUAAUCAUUCUGCUGAUUGGGAAAAUUGCCUUCCGUGGUAUCGAGAGGGAUAAUUAAGCUAAUGUCGCUCUUCCAGGGAGAUGCUAAAUGCAUUUCGUUGUCUCUGUACUGUACACUGACAAUGACAAUUAAAAUUGAAUCUGAAUCUGAAUCUAAUAAAGUAUCACACAAGG